AUGCCAGCAUCAAGACCGUACACCGUGUGCAAGUGCGGCUCGUGGGUCUACACUGACCGAAUCGGGCCAGGAAAGCUGGAGGCGUGCCGCGCUUGUGGCAAGAAGUGGCCGGGAGUCCCGAAGCAGGCUCGUACCGAGCAGGAGGCGCCGAGUCGUGUGUGGAAACCUGGGGGCUUCACUGCAAGAGCGCGUCAGCCGAGGCGUAAGGAAGAGGGUGCUGUGUCCAAGGCGCUUUUGUCGCUCUGGGCCAAGUUUACCCCGGAAGUCCAGAAGGAGUUGAUGGGUGCGGGCUUCCAAGGGCCUGAUGCCCAGCCAAAGGAGGAUCCGCUUCUUACUCUCUUGAAGGCACAUGAAAACGCCUUGCCCCAGGAGGUGCAGGAUGCAUUGCAUGCAAGCGAGCCCAAGGAGACACCAGAACAGGCGGCGGCCAGUGCGUCGCGUGAGUAUAAGUCUUGCACUGUGAAGCUGCGUGAUCUAGGGCAGAAGAAGGUUCAGCUGCAGGCCCGCAUCGAUGACACAAAGGCCAAGCUGCGUGAGCAGUUGGAAGGAAUGAAGGACCUCCUGGGUCAGAUUGCUGAGGCCCAGAAGGAGGUAGAUAAAGUGGCUGAGCAAUUCAAGAGCGCGGUGUUGGAAGAGCCUAAGGAGGACCCAGGUUCUGAUACCACCUUGGCUCAGCUGAUUGCAGAUGCUGGCAUCACAUUGACGCAAGAGCAGCUUGAUAAGAUCAAGGCUGUUGAGGAGGGCCACGCCAUUAAGAAGCGCAAGCAUGACGCUCCAGGUCCUGAGGCCCCGGUGCAGGCGGCGAACAGCCGUGGAGGUCGGCAAUGCGGGAGCGCUGCUGCUUCCUGCAGUUUUGUGCGCCCAGCUGUGGCCACAGCCGUGCAAGGAUGGGUUAGGGAGUCUUUGGACUUUGGUAAAGGUUGGGAAGUGCUGGCCUCCUUUCCAUGCCCGGGUCCCCGCAUGCUGCCCCUUUGCCCUCAUUGCCUUCCUGAAGAGGCCAUGUGUUUCAAGAUGCGACGGGCAGCUUUGCUUGAUCCUUAUGUGCCUUCAGGUGAACCUGACCCUAACCCCAAUUUGCAACGCGUGGACUUGGAGGCACUUCCCAGUCCCAUUGAGGCAGCAGGUAAGUGCAUGUGUUGUGGACAGGCGCCGAGCUUGGGGCUCACGCCGAGCCAGGAGGUCAAAGACUUUGUACAUGCGUGCCGCAUGGCUCUCUUGACGGGACAUCGAGAGCAGCUCCUCACUGCCAUGAGUGAUGUUAUGAGCUAUUGCCCAGACUGCUUGUGUCAGUGGGCAGCCGCCCAUCGCACAGACCGGCAGCCCCUUGCUGUUCGUGCCUCAUUGUCCGGGCCGGCCUACUUCUUUGCUUGUGAGGAGGAACAGGACUUUGAUGUGCAAGAUGAAGUUUUCAGUGUGCCCUUGAUUACUCAUGUGUCACAGGCGCAAGCUGUUGCUGGGUUCUUUGAUGGUGUGCGGACUGGAGUCCCGUUUUCACGCAGGGCCCGGCGGCGAUACAACCGCAGACUUCGCCUUGCAUCAAUAGAGCCCCUUCGGGGAGCCCCCAAGACCCCGGCGGAGGAGGUUAUGACCGGGAGUUGGACGUAUUCUCAGGAGGAGGUUGGCCGCUGGCCAGGGGGUCUUGGGGGACCGGGGUAUGAUGAGCUUUCGCCAGACUUGUUGGAUCCCAGCACAGCGCGCGAUGUUCAACGGCGGCCGCAGGAAUUUGGCACGGAGCCCCAAGGACUUGGGCCCAUUUUUUCGGUUGCAGGCCCAAAACGAGGUUCUGAGAUCCCAAAUGGGCCGCCAGAGGGGUCCGCAAAACCUGAGAUGCCACCCGAUGUGCGCCCUGUUGGCGGCACUCGGGAACAUGACCAACAUCGUGCACUUCUCUCCGUUAAGCAGGCUGUCAUUGCCGGUGCGGAAGGAGCCCUGCUUGAGGUUGUGGAGGCGAUGGAGCAGCAUGGUUGCAUGCAGGAGGGCACUUUCGUUUGGAGGGCUGCUGAGCUAGCAGUGGAGACCCACGAAGAUGUGCCUAGGCAUGUGGCUUGUUGGGCAAUUGAGGAUGCGCUUGCAAAUUUGACCUGUCCCAAAGUGCGGCCUGACGUGCAUGUGAUCAGUGCUAACAUCACUGCCUGGAGAAAGGACUUGUGCUCUUGGAUUGCUCAACACAAGGCGGCCGUUCUGCUGCUGCAGGAAACACAUCUUUCGCCAGACCAGCCUGACUUGAUUGAGGCUCAGCUUGGGUUUCAUGGUUAUAAUGUUUUUAGCGUCCCGGCCCAUCCCACCGGCAAAGGUGGCACAUCAGGUGGUCUAGCCAUCUGUUUUCGCAAGCACUUGAACAUGAGGCGUGUGCAUCACUUUGUCCGGGCGGGGGUUGGUUUUCAGGUGGCGGCCCUCAGGUUGAAAGAUGCCGAUUGCUAUUUUGUGAAUGUUUACCUGAAGGCCGGUGAAGGUUUCCAGGGCAGCCACAAUGCGCCAAUCAUUGCACAUUUGAUCCCUUUCCUUCGUUCGGUCCGUGGCCUCUUUUUUGUGGCUGGUGAUUUCAACGAAGAUUUUGAGGUCAUUGCUGCCACCAGUCUUGAGCAGGAGGCCAAAGGCCGGUGGAUCAGUUCUGGUGAGUCCACAUGUGCUGGGGGUGGCAAUAUCGACUAUGGCUUGAUGUCGCCCUCGCUGGCCUCGGCCGUUUCGCUUUCGAUUGAUUGGGUCACUCCUUUUGCUCCCCAUGCAGCCCUGCACUGGUCUCUGCAGGUUCAGCAUCUGGAUGUUAAGCUACCCCAGCUUGUGCCUUUUAAACCCAUGCCUCUAAGGCCUCAGCCCUUCCACCUUAGGCUGACCAAUGAUGCUCAAGGUGAGCAGGCUGCCACGGCUUGCCAUGGUAGUUCUGUGCACCUUUUGGGGGUUGAGGUUUCCAAUGAGGGUCUUUCUUCCCUUUUCGCCAGCCUCAGCCGUGAUAUUGAGCUGUCAGUUUAUGGCGACUGCCAGGGCCGUGGAGCCCGAGUUUCGUGCUGCCGUAAGCCCUUGAUGUUGCAGACGGCGCCAGAUUCUGGUUGGGGAGGCGCCCAUGUCUCCUUUUGGAAUCGGGUUAUUGUUUGGCUUGAAGCUUGCUCCCGUCACUUUCAGGUCAGCCCCUUUGCAAAGAGGGCUGUGCAUUGUUUUGCGGAUCACUGGCAUGGCAGUGAGGAGGCUGCCUUGACCUUCCAUUCUGAGCUUCAGGCUUUUAUUGAUGAAGGCUGCCAUGAUCUUUGCCGUGGUUUGCUUGAUGUUGCUAAGGCGCAAAAACAAUACUUUGUUAAGCAGUGGCAACAGAGCAAAAGUGUCUCUUAUGAGAAAUGGCUCCGUCAGGCCACGUCCAAGGGCAUGCGUCCCUUGUUCAAAAGUGUGCGGGCAGAGGAGGUCAUCACCAUUCGGCCGUUUCUUGAAGCGCCCGUCCAGGAGCGCAUUUAUUUGCGGUGGCGCCAAUGGUUUGACUUGUGGUCGCACCUGGCUGGGGUGGACCAGGACCUUCUUGCGACGCUCAGGGUAGCAGCUGUGGAGCAGGCCCAUAACAUUGCGCCAAUGCCUCUUGACAAGGCUGUUGCCUUCUUUAAGAAAUUGCCCUCCAAGGCGCCGGGCUUGGACGGGUGGACGUGUGAGGUUCUCCGUAAUCUCAGCGCCGAGGCAGUUCAGGCCAUUCUUGACUUUUUGCACCAUUGCGAGAAACGGGCCGCGUGGCCGGAUCAGCUGAUUUUCGCGCUUAUAGCGCUUUUACCCAAAUCUGAAAAACGGGAACGUCCCAUUGCCCUUCUCCAUGUCUUGUAUCGGGCUUGGGCAAAAUUGAGGUGGCCGCUGGUGUCUGCAUGGCAAUCUGCGUAUGCCCGGCGGGCUCACUGGGACAAGGCACUGCCUGGUGGCCAGGUUUUGGAUGUGGCCUUGGCCAGGCUGAUGUUGGGCGAAACAACCCGUCGGUGCAGGCAUCACCUGAUAACACUGUUUCUUGAUAUGGAAACCUUUUAUGACCGAUGCUUGUUUAAUGAUGUCAUUAGUUCGGGUCUUACCCUUGCUUACCCGCCCUUGAUUUUGCACCAGGCCAUGCUCACUUACAUGGGUCCCAGGUUUGUGCAGUCCGAAGGCGCCCUCUGCCCGCCUAUAUGGCCGGGCAGGGGAGUCCUGGCAGGAUGUCCUGCGGCACCUUCGGUGUCCAAACUUGUUAUACACCCGGUUGCCGCCAAACUCGCCUCUAAGAAGAGUGCCUCCAACUUAGAUAUUUGGAUAGAUGACCUGUCCUUGGAUACGGUUCAUAAAUCACCGCUUCAGGUUGCUAGUGAUAGCCUCAAGCUUUUUCGAGGACUGAGACAGGACUUGGAGUCCAAAGGGGCCCAGGUUUCGCUUUCCAAAACUUGCUUUGUGACUUCGUCCACUGAGGCUGCCAAAGCUCUUGGCAAAAUUCUUGAUGCCUCGGAUCCGCAGGUUAAGCCGAUGAACCGUGAUCUCGGGAUCACCUCGGCGGGUGGACGCAGGCGGGUGCUGGGCUUGGCAGAGAGCCGCAGGAAAAAGGCGGCAGGGCGAUCGCGCAAGCUCAACAAGCUUGCUGUGCCGGGGCGAGCACACCGUUUACGGAUCGUUCGCGCAUCCCUGUGUUCGGCAGGCCUGUGGGGCCAUCAGGCUCAGGGGGUGAGCCCUAAGAGGCGAAAGUUUUAUCGCACCCUUGUUGCAAAGCAUUUAGGGCGUCACAAACUGGGGUGCAUGGAUCUUACUUUCAUUGUUAACCGCCGCCGCUGUGAGGACCCUCAUCUGACGCUGCUUCGGCAACAUGUACGUGCAGUUGCUAGGGUCUUUCGCCGUUGGGAUGCUUGUGAUCAGGAUAAGUUUCGGUCUACUUGGGCCGACAUUUGGUUAUGGCUCAUGGCUUCCAAGCAUCCUUGGAAAAAGGUCAAUGGGCCCUUGGCGGCUCUCAUGGCCUACCUGCACGAGUUGGGUGUGCAGGCUCCUCAGGCUCACCGUUGGAGCAGAGAUGGCAGCAUCUUGACCAUUGAUUGGUCUAGUCCCGAUGCCACUCGCCGUGUGUGGCACUGGCUCCUACCAGUUUGGGAAGAUGUUCGCUUGCAGCGAGUCUCCUUGAAUGAUGGGUGCCAAAAUUUGAGAGGUGGCCUGGAUGCCACUGUUCCUGAAAGACUGCAGAAAAGGAAGUUUUUCAACAAAAACAUGACUGUGAAUCUUCAGGCUCUUUGGCAGGGUGCCCUAGUGAGCAGGUCUAAACAAGGUUGGUGCACCAGGUGUCAUUGUCCGCUGGAUUUGCAACAUGUUUUGUGGGAUUGCCCUUUCAUUGCCCAGCCUUUCCCUGCGCCUCAGCACUUUCGUGCGGCCCGCCAGCAGUUUCCGUGGCCUAGCCUUUGGCUCCGAGGUUUGGUUCCGCAAGAGGCCACGGCGUUACUGAGGGAUAAGAGUGCUGAGGGUUAUGUGUUUGAAGGGCUUUGGCGCCACCGGCAGGUCAUACCUAGUGACUCGUUGGUUUUUGCGUCCGAUGCUUCAGGGGGCCCGGGAGCUCGUGAUCACAGGUCGGCUUGUGUAACUUGGGCCCUGGCUGCUUACAGGUUGGAGCCUGAAGGUCCCAAACGAGUGGCUAGCAUCACCUGCGUACCGGUGCAGCCCCUGACGGUUGCGGCAGCCGAGCAGCAGGCGGCUUUUGAGUUGUUUGGUCGGGUGUCUGGCUCCUUUGAUGUUACGGUGGAUUGCAAGGCCGUCACUCAUGUUGUUGCCAAGCAAUCGCCUCCCCAUGAAGGGCCCGUGCCUUGGGGUGAGUGCUGGGACGACAGAUCAAGAGCUGCUGUUACUUGGGUUCCAAGUCAUAAGAGUGCUGCCUUUUUCGCUGAGCGCAACCUUGAUGAAUGGAGACGGCUCAUCAACGAGGACGUCGAUGCCCUUUGCGGGGCUAGGUCCGCCGAGGUUUAUUCUUCAGCGUGCAGGCCGGAUUUGAAAACCAUUGACAGGCUUUGCGAGGAUGUUUGUUUACAUCUCGCUAAAAAAGUGGGGUUUAUCCUUAAGCAUAAGAGUGACAAAGGUUUUCCUUGGGUGAUGCAGCGCGCCAGCCAAGCAUCGCAAUCCCAACCUUGUUCCUCCCGUGUUAUUGGGGGUGAUAAGUUUUUGAAGCCUAAAAACCCCACUGCCUCCAAGCCGAACAAAAAGCAACGGCUCAAAGAUAUGCUUGCAAGCCCUGAUCCUGCCUUGGGUCAUGUUUGGCGUGACUGUGAGUCCAAAGCUGUGAACAAUUUUUCCAUUCAGUGCACUGUUUGCAAUUUGUACUUGGAGCAGUGUAACAGCCAAGACGUCUUUGAUCGCAAGGCUUCCAACCCCUGCCUUGAUAUCGCUGCCAGUUUGCCAUCCGCUUGGCAAGUGCAUGAGACUCAUGACAUGGCCAAUAAGGGUUCUUUCUUCACGUGCACUAAGUGUUUGGCCAUUGUUAAGAUUGCUGCUACUUCGACUUCGUCCGUGCUGCAGGCUCCUUGUAAAGGCCUUGGUCGUAAGAUGAAUUCGAAGACUCAAGCGAGGUCGAUGGCCAAUGUUGAGGGCUCCAAAAACCGCACGAUUGAGGCAUCCUUGCAGGGGCGGCAGCCCCAGGUUGCAGCCGUUGGUGUGGCUAUGGAACCUCGGGCCAAAGCUGGUCCCAAGGUUAAGGCUAAACCCAAGUGUAAACCCAAAUCCCAGUGCAAGGACUCCUCCAAACAAACCCGACUGUCCUUUGCGUAG